UUUUUUUAAGGACGGAGGUCCUACUGGGAGUAACUUAAGUAAUUUAUCAAGAAGGUAGUAGCUACUAGCUCCUCGCAAUACCAUGGAGGACAAGCUGCUGCUGCUGCUGGCUCUGGCCGUGUCGGUGCUCGUCGCCGUCGUCAUCUCCAAGCUGGUAUCAUAUGCCACCAAGCCAAGGCUCAACCUGCCGCCGGGGCCAUGGACGCUGCCGGUGAUCGGCAGCAUCCACCACCUCGUGGGGAGCCACCCCAUCCACCGCUCGAUGCGCGCGCUCGCCGAGAAGCACGGGCGCGACCUCAUGCAGGUCUGGCUCGGCGAGCUUCCCGCGGUGGUCGUGUCGUCGCCGGAGGCGGCGCGGGACGUCCUCCGGAGCCAGGACCUCGCGUUCGCCGACCGCUACGUCAGCACCACCAUCGCCGCGAUCUACCUCGGCGGCCGGGACCUCGCCUUCGCGCCCUACGGCGAGCGGUGGCGGCAGCUGCGGAAGCUCUGCACGCAGCGGCUGCUGACCGCGGCGCGGGUGAGGUCGUUCCGGUGCGUCCGCGAGGAGGAGGUGGCGCGCCUCGUGCGCGACCUGGCGGCCUCCGCCGCCGCCGGCGAGGCCGUGGACCUCACCGCGAGGGUGGCCGAGCUCGUCAACGACGUCGUGGUGAGGUGCUGCAUCGGCGGGCGCCGGAGCAGGUACCGCGACGAGUUCCUCGACGCCCUCCGCACCGCGCUGGACCAGACGACGUGGCUCACCGUCGCCGACGUCUUCCCGUCGAGCAAGCUGGCGCGGAUGCUCGGCACGGCGCCGCGGAAGGCUCUCGCUUCCCGCAAGAAGAUGGAGCGCAUCCUGGAGCAGAUCAUCCAAGAACGGAAGCAGAUCAAGGAGAGGAGCACCGGCGCCGGCGCCGGCGCCGACGACGAGGCGGCGGCGGCCGGAAACGAGUGCUUUCUGGACGUGCUGUUGAGGCUGCAGAAGGAAGGCGACACACCGAUCCCAAUCACAAACGAAACCAUGAUGUUGCUUCUACACAACAUGUUUUCAGCAGGCAGCGAAACAUCUAGCACCACUCUAAACUGGACUAUGGCAGAGCUCAUCAAGUCACCAAGAGUAAUGGCGAAGGUGCAUGAUGAGGUGAGGCAAGCCUUUCAGGGAAAGAACACUAUUACCGAUGAUGAUGUUGCCAAAUUGAGCUAUCUUAAAAUGGUAACCAAAGAGUCCUUGAGAAUGCAUUGCCCAGUGCCGCUCUUAGGCCCCCGAAGAUGUCGUGAGACAUGCAAGGUUAUGGGUUAUGAUGUGCCCAAGGGCACUAUCGUGUUUGUGAAUGCAUGGGCAAUAUGUAGGGAUUCAAAGUAUUGGAAGAGUGCCGAGGAGUUUAAGCCAGAGCGGUUUGAAAACAUAAGUAUAGACUAUAAUGGAAAUAACUUUGAAUUCCUUCCAUUUGGAUCUGGCCGUAGAAUAUGUCCAGGUAUAACUCUUGGUAUGGCCAACGUAGAAUUCCCCUUGGCUAGUUUGCUUUACCAUUUUGAUUGGAAACUUCCUAAUCAAAUGGAGCCUGAGGAAAUCGAUAUGAGAGAGGCACCUGGACUUGUUGGGCCUAAACGCACCAGCCUAUAUUUGCACCCUGUUACUCGUGUUGCUCCAAGCAGUGUUUAGGUGGCAACACAUACAUAUCUGAAGUAAUGCUAUCAUAGUAUGUUGCCUUUUCUCCCUUCUAUCGAAGUUGAUGGGACAUAUCCCCAAUUAUCGCAAUAAAUUUGGAUAUCUAAAUUGCUGUUUACAUUUCAAAUUCGCUAAAUUUGUAUUGUGCGGAGGGUAUAUACCAUGUCAAACCUCAAAUUUGUACUCAGUGUAUAUGUAUUUUGAUAAGGGCGCCUUUUGGACGCAAUUUCGCAAUGUACACCAAGAAAUAUUACUACAUGAAAAGACAAGGUUUGUAUACUUA